GGAUGAUUUCGGAAUUCGGAGCUUUCGGAGCUUGCAAGUUUUGAAGCUGAGGGGAGAAAGAUGAGUACUUUGAACUCCUUCCGGUCACAAUGGCUACAGUUUCAAGGUUACCAAGCGGAUCAACCAUACCGGCCGGUGGCGCAAUGCAGAUACCUGGAUCCUUGCAGCCCUAACCUUGUCCCUCUUAACACCAAAUUGCAUUCAGUUUCUGUGAAGAAUCGCGAUUCGUUGCGUAUCUCCGGGAGCCCGCCUCAAGGUUCUGUUGGAUUUAGGGGGAAAGAAGACGUAUUGGUAGAUGUUACCAUGGCGAAUAGCUUGAUUAAGAAUUACGCGGAUGACGGGAUGUUUGUCGAUGCCAUCAGAGUGUAUCUGGAUUUGCUUGAAAGUGGGUUCCCAGUUCAGGAGUUUCAGUUCUUCCCCUGUUUGAUCAAGGCGUUUGGUGGGCUGGGUAGUGUUGAGAAAGGGGAGGAAAUUCACGGGCAUUUGUUGAAGUUUGGAUUCUUGGAGGAUACUUAUGUUAGUAAUUCGCUGUUGGGGAUGUAUUGGAAAUGUGGGGCGGUCGAGCAUGCAGAUAAAAUGUUUGAUGAAAUGCCGCAACGGGAUGCCAUUUCCUGGAAUACGAUGAUAUCCGGGUUUUCUCGCUUAGGAUACUACACGGAAUCCUUGACUCUUCUCGCCAGAAUGAUUGGAGAUUAUGGUGCUGUGUUCGAGAACAGGGUAGCUUGUCUUUCUGCUUUGUCAUCGUGUGCUUCCACGCAAUCCUUGACACACGGGAGAGCUAUUCAUGGAUGCAUUGUGAAGAACAAGUUUGAUUCAGAUGAAUACUUGGUUAGUGGUUUGAUUGAUAUGUAUAUGAAAUGUGGGGACGUAAAGAAUGCUGAACGUGUUCUCAUUAGAAUUCUUGACGACAAUAUUGUGAGAGGAAACAAAGUGAUCUGGAAUGUGAUGAUCACUGGAUAUGUUUCAAAUGAAUGUCCCUCUCUCGCAUUGAGUUUAUUCCUUGAAAUGCUUGAAUCUGGUAUUGGUCCUGAUUCCUCAACAGUGGUUGCUGUUUUAGUUUUGUGUUCUCAGUUGUUAGAUAUAGCACUUGGAAAGCAAAUUCAUGGACUUGUUGUUAGCCUUGCACUGGAAAACGAUGUCAGAGUUCAAACCGCCCUCAUCGAGAUGUAUUUCAAUUGUUCAUCCUCUGAAACUGGCUUGAAGAUAUUUAGGCAGUCUCCAAACAAGAAUCUUAUUAUGUGGGGCUCUGUGAUCUCAAACUGCGCUCAGAAUGGCUAUCCAAAUGAGUCCUUGCAGUUGUUUGAAGACUUCAUGAUACUAAACGGCUUUCCAGAUUUAGUCAUCCUUUUGGCAGCAUUGAGGGCUUGCUCAUCCCUGGCAUUGAAGCGUAGUGGGGUGGAACUCCAUGGCAUGGCAGUAAAACUGGGGUUGACAUUGGAUGCUUUUGUAGGUGGUGCACUGGUUGAUCUCUAUGGGAAAUGCGGAGACAUGAAUUCAGCUGAAAAAGUCUUCGACGGAUUAGACACCAAGGAUUUGGUGUCAUGGAAUGCUCUAAUUUCUGGCUUUGCUCAAAAUGAAUAUCCAGAGAAAGCUCUUAAGGCAUUCCGUGAUAUGCAGAGUCGGCAUUUAGAACCAAACUCUGUGACGGUUGCAUGCAUUCUGUCUGUCUGCAUGCACCUUGCAGUUAUGAUCCUCUGCAAGCAGGUUCACUGCUAUAUACUGCGACAUGGGUUUCUGAUCAACAAUAUUCUCAUCGGCAAUUCCUUGAUUAGUGCAUAUGCCAAAUGUGGCAUUAUGAGUGACUCAUUGACAAUAUUUAACCAAAUGUCUGAUAGAAAUGAGGUGACGUGGAAUUCUAUCAUACUGGGUUUUGGGAUGCAUGGAAGAAGACAGGAAAUGUUUCAGAUGUUCGAAAGAAUGAAAGAGACAACAGAGGUAAAGGCUGAACAUGCUACUUUCACUGCUCUCCUCUCUGCCUGCAGUCAUGGAGGAGAAGUUGCAAUGGGGUGGAAGUACUUCAACAGCAUGACUCAGGACUAUAACCUGGAGCCUAGAGUUGAGCAUUACACUUGCAUGGUUGAUCUUUUAGGUCGAGCUGGAAAUCUUAAUCAGGCAUAUGAUCUAAUCAAGGAAAUGCCUUGUUCACCAGAUGAUCGAAUUUGGGGUUCGCUUCUUGGAUCUUGUAAAAAUCAUGGCAAUGUUGGGUUAGCAAGAGUUGUGGCAAGUCACAUCUUUGAGCUUGAUCCUACAAGUAUUGGAUACCGAACACUGCUUUCUAAUCUGUACGAAGAAUCUGGGAGAUGGAAUGAAGUUAGUCAGGUGAGAACAGAGAUUAGAGAUACAGGAGUUAGAAAACAGCCCGGGUGCAGCUGGAUAGAAGUUGAUAAUAACAUUCAUACGUUUACGGCUGCUGAUUGCUCCCACCCUCUGUGUGAGGAGAUCUAUGCUACUCUUGAGAGUUUGAGUGUAGAGAUCAAAGAGGAAGGGGUGCUAGGAUGAUGGGCUGUUGUCAUCAAACGUCACUAGCUAGUGGCUUCUACUUGUGAGGGCAGCAGAUUGGAUUUAGAGGCAGAUCUUGGAACUUUUGUAAUUGAACAAAGCCUGAUCAACAAACUAGAUGCAAACUUAUGUGGGAAAUGGAAUGAAAACAAUCUGCUGAGAAUGCAACAAUUGAAGCUUUCAUCCCGGAUCCAAAUACGCUAAAGGUCGGUGGUCUUAUCUGGGGAGGGAGAUAGAUGAAAUGCAGUACACAUAAGAGCAAGUGUUUGUAUUACAUGACUUUCUUAUCACUGAAUCCUACAUUGCUUGGAUAAUGCGUGGCUGCUAGAAAUUCACAACGAGAAUCGAGGGCCAAGGUUAGCCAUUAUCGUGAAGCUUACCAAAGGACGGGAACUUCUAGCUGCUUUUGGUUAUUAUUGCAAGUACUCUGGACAGCAACAAUGGAUGGCAGGCAGCCUGGCAGCAAACCUCUAAAGACAUGGAGGGCAAGGCUGCCCACAACAAAAGAGGAGCUUGAAGAAGGCAUCCAACCUGUUUCAGGACACUAAAGUUAUCUUCAGAAUUUGUUGCAGUACUGGCAGCCCCCACCCACGCUCCACCAAUAAAUGCCUUUUCUUUUUUCCCAGCAGAAGAGAAAGGCUGUCAAAGAUGGUGUCUUUAAAUAACUACUCAACCUACCCUUUCUCCAGAGGGUGGCCCCAAAGAUCUACUCUUCGGUCCCAAACUAAUAUGCACCGCCACUUUCCUUACAAGUUCAUUGGGGUUCAGUUGGCCGCCAUUGUUAGGACAACUGAUGAUCAUAACUGAAGCACCCCCUACAGCUCAUUGAGUGAAAGCUCAGCUUUUGUAAUGUGAAGGGAAAGUAAAGCAAAGCUGAGAGGCUGCCGACAUCAUUGUAAAUUCGUGUACUCUGUUCAUCACUUGGUUUAACUUUACAGGUAAGAGAAUGUUCAGUAUAUAAAGAUUGGCCAAUUGAUUCCCGACCAAGUGUCCUUUUGAGGUGGAAUCAGAUGUAAUUUCACCAAUCAAGUUAGUUUAAACUAUUGAAGAAAUCAUUAUGCAAUAGGC